AUGUUGAACAUUGUUAUUCUUGCAUUAGUUAACUCAGCAAUCAUUUGUAAUGCUGGAAAUCCAAUUCAAUCGAAACUAACCAAGGGUAAUCAUUUUCAAUCAAGAUGGGUAACUACGAAUAGCAUGAAUAAUGUCAGAUACAUGCAUACAGCAUCCGUAUUACCAAACGGAAAAGUAUUAGUCACUGGUGGAGACGAUGGUGAUGUUUCUCUGGAUAGCGUUGAAUUAUAUGAUCCAACAGCAAGAAAUUGGACUAUCAUCAAGAGUAUGAAACAUGCAAGAUCGAUGCACACAGCGACUUUAUUAACAAAUGGAAAAGUAUUAGUUAUUGGCGGCGAUGAUAAUGGUCGUGCUCUGAAAAGCACUGAAUUAUAUGACUCAAGCACAGAAACGUGGACUAGUAGUGGGAACCUAAACGAUGAACGCUUUCUACAUACAGCAUUAUUAUUAACGGAUGGGAAAGUAUUAGUCUGUGGCGGAUUAGGAAAAGGUCAACUGAAUAGUUCAGAAUUGUACGAUCCAUCCACCGGUGUAUGGACAGUUACCGGUCCGAUGAAACAUGCACGACUAGGACAUACUGCAUCUCUAAUGAAUAAUGGAAAAGUUCUAGCUACUGGUGGAAUGGCUAGUGGAUUUCUGAAUAGUACCGAAAUCUACGAUCCAUCAACUGGAGAUUGGACAAUGAGUGGACAGAUGCAUCAUGAACGGUAUUAUCACACAGCAUCUGUUCUAAGCAAUGGAGAUGUGCUAGUGACCGGUGAGUCAGAUACUGUCGUUGUUCGACGCGAUACGGAAACAUACAAUGCAUCAACAGGAAGUUGGUCGGUCAGUCGUCCUAUGAAUAUUGCAAGAUAUAUGCAUACGGCAGUAGUACUGCCAAAUGAAAUGGUAUUUGUUAUAGGUGGAUUGGGGACAGCGGCGCUUAAUAGCAGUGAAUUAUAUGACCCAUUAUCAAAGAAUUGGACCGUCACUAGUAGUAUGAAUACUGCACGAUAUUCACAUACUGCAUCCCCACUAAAUAACGGACAGAUCCUAGUCACUGGUGGUUCUUCGGGGACGAUUUUAAAUAGCGCAGAGGUCUAUUCAACAUUCUAA